AUGGCUGACCCGUACCAAAACAACGUGUAUCACCAAGGUGACGGCGAGAAUUAUGGCACUUACGGGGAGGGUGGCCAGGACGGCUACGGUUACCAGGGCGACUACCCACCACAGGAGGACGAUGCGGCCAGUGACGCCACCGAGGGGCACGAUGAAGAUGAUCAGAUGUAUGAGGGAGAGUACCAGGGCAUCCCGCAUCCGGACGAGAUCAAGGCAGCUCGCAGAGCAGCCAGGGCCAAGGCCCGAGUGACGGCCGACGCCGUCUCGGAGCAGGAGGAGCUAGCUGAGCAAUACGAGGACAUCAUGGAGGACUGUGGCCACGGACGCUUUCAGUGGACACUGUUCGUCGUGCUGGGCCUGGCACUCAUGGCUGAUAGUGUGGAGUGCUAUGUGGUGGCCUUCGUGUUACCCAGUGCUGAAAAAGACAUGUGCCUGUCCAAUGCUGAGAAGGGCAUGCUAGGUUUGAUAGUGUUCCUGGGGAUGAUGGUUGGAGCGUUUGUGUGGGGUGGUUUGGCAGACAAGGUGGGCAGGAGGAAGUGUCUGAUCAUCGCCUUGGCCAUCAACUGUGUCUCUGCCUUCCUCUCCUCUUUCGCCCAGGGUUACGGCUUUUUCCUCUUCUUCCGGCUCUUUUCUGGAAUAGGCAUUGGCGGUUCCGUGCCCAUCGUGUAUUCCUACUUUUCCGAGUUCCUGCAGAUGGACAAGAGAGGAGAGCAUCUUAGCUGGCUGUGCAUGUUUUGGAUGAUCGGUGGAAUCUACGCCUCCUUCACCGCCUGGGGAAUUAUUCCUCGUUACGGCUGGGGGUUUAGCAUGGGCACUGAGUUCCAGUUCCACAGCUGGAGAGUGUUUGUUCUGGUCUGUGCCCUGCCAGCCAUCUCCUCACUUGUCGGACUCAUAUUCAUGCCGGAGAGCCCUCGGUUCCUACUGGAGAAUGCCAAGCAUGACGAAGCAUGGAUGAUUCUGAAGCAAAUGCAUGACAUCAAUUGGAGAGCUAAAGGAGAACCUGAGAGAGUCUUCACCGUGUCCCAGAUUAGGACUCCUAAGACACAAGAUGAUGAAUUUAUUGAAAUCCAAAGUGCAACUGGAACCUCCUUUCAAAGAUGGGUGGUUCGAACCAUGACUCUGAUCAAACUGGUCCUGAAGAAUGUUGUGUCCCUUUUGGGUCGUGACCUUCGAAUGGCCAGUUUGCUUAUGGCUAUCAUUUGGUUCACAAUGGCCUUCAGUUACUAUGGGCUGUCAGUGUGGUUCCCUGACAUGAUCAAGCACCUCCAGUAUGAGGAGUAUGAGUCCAAAGUCAAGAUUUUCCACAAAGAAAGGGUCGAACAUUUCCAUUUCAACUUCACCCUGGAAAAUCAGAUUCACAAAGAAGGAGAAUAUAUCCAUGACAAAUUCAUCAACAUAGAGAUUAAAUCAGUCAAGUUUGAAGACUCCUUGUUUGAGGAGUGCAUCUUUGAGGAUAUCAGCUCCACAGAUACGAUUUUUGAGAACUGCACUUUCAGAUCCACAUAUUUCGUCAAUACAGACUUUUCUGAGGAAAAGUUCAUUGACUGUAAAAUGGAGAACAGCACAUUCCAUGAAAACAAAACAGGCUGUCACUUAAACUACGAGGAAGAGAAUGAUGUCCUCAUUUACCUGGUCAGUUUCCUGGGCAGUCUAGCCGUGCUGCCCGGAAAUAUCAUAUCGGCACUCUUUAUGGAUAAAAUUGGCAGGAUCAAGAUGAUUGGAGGCUCUAUGUUAAUCUCCGCUGGCUGCACCUUCUUCCUCUUCAUGAGUUUUAGCCAAGCAGCCAUCAUCUCUUGGCAGUGCCUGUUCUGUGGAGUUAGUGUUGCCGCCUGGAACGGCAUCGAAGUCAUCACCGUCGAGCUGUACCCCGCCUCAAAAAGAGCCACUGCCUUUGGAGUUCUGAAUGCCCUGUGUAAGCUGGCUGCCAUUUUGGGGAGCUCCAUCUUCGCCUCCUUUGUGGGCAUCACCAAAGUCAUCCCUAUCCUUCUCUCCUGUGCUGCUCUGGUGUGUGGGGGAUUGCUGGCCCUAAAACUGCCAGAGACGAGAGAGAAGGUCCUCCUGUGA